AUUUGUGCUAAGUAUUUUCAUUGGGCGUUAUUCGCGCAAAUAACCAAUAGAAAAAUGCCUUAGAACGAAGUCAAUAUCAGAUAGAGGCCGAAUCACAUUGUAGAAAUUUAGGAGUAAAAAAGAUUAUUGACCCUCAUGGUGAGGACAAGGUCUAGAAGUACAAGCCGAAGCAGGAGUCGGAGCCGCAGUCGCUCCCCGCGGGAACGUAUUGAUAGAUUUGGCAGAGUUAUUCCUCCUGGAAAAAAGCGAUCAAUGUCUCGAUCGCCGUCUCGUUCCCGUGAUCGUUUUCGUAGACGAACUAGGUCACCAGUGCGUCAUGCUCGUUACAGAAGUAGAAGUAGAACUCGCAGUAGAUCCAGAGAGUCUAGAAAUUCUAGCUUUAGAGUUGAAAGGCGGAGUAGGUCGUCUUCAAGACAGUUUAGAGAAAAAGAAGUGACAAGUAGGACAAAUAUUGAAGAUCCGGCAUUUUUAAACGCUAGAAUUUUUAUAGGAAAAUUACCAUCUGACAGAUGUUCGAAAGAAGAAUUAGAAGAACUUUUUGUACCAUAUGGUAAAAUAUUAGGGGUUUCAAUCCAUGACCGAGGUUUUGGUUUUGUGCAAUUUGAGAAGGAAGAAGAUGCUAGAAAGGCCCAGGAGGCAGAAAAUGGAACAAAAUUUAAAGGACAAGUGCUUGACGUAAAGAUGGCAGCUGAAGGCAGACGAGGUAGUGGCCCACCACGACCUGGCCCACCAGACAGGGGCGGAGGCAGAGGGGCAGGACCAGCAUCCAGCAGAGACAGAGACUUUGACAGAGAACCCGGAGGAUACCCAGGCAGAGAGGGACGAGGACCCCCACCACCCCCAGGCAGAGACCGAUCCCCAGUCCGAGGUGACCCAUACGAAGACCGAUACAGAGAUCCAUAUGCUCGUAGAGAGCCCCCACCUAGGGACAGUGUUGAUAGACCUGGGCCGUUGCCUGCUCCACCAAGGGACGAUCCAUAUUACGCAGACCCAUACAGACGACCUCCCCCUAUUGAUGACCCCUACAGGGACCCUUACAGAGAUGACCCAUACAGACGUGAUCCCUAUAGAAGAGAUCCGUAUGACGAUCCCUACAGAGAUCCAUACUACAGAGAUCCUUACCUUCCUCCACCACCACCAAAGAAGCCACUGCCAGCCGAUGUUCAGGUCAUCUGUAUGAAUAAACAACUAUCACAAUAUGCUGAGUCAAUAGAAGCACGUUUAAGGACACAUGCCCUUAUCGUUGAUAUCGUGGUCAUCACAGAAGAUAUGACAGUUCCGCAGAUGGUCGAGGAAGCUUCGAGAAUGAAAUUCUUAUUCGCCAUCAUUAUUAACAGCCAGAAUGAAACGCAUAAAUCACUCACGCUGAACAUCCUACAUGGCACACCGCAGGAACACCGUAACAUGCCGCUAGAAGAUGCCAUGAAGUUAGUCGCUACCAGUUUUGAGAAGUACAUCCAGACGCAGCGUGAGAAAGCAGCGGCACCAACUCCAGCGUUACCGGGAGCUGCCCCAGCGGCAGGUUCUCCCCCGUUCCUCCCGCCAUCAGCUGAUAUUGCGUAUCUUUUAAAUUUGCUGGCUGAUAAUCGCCAGCUUACAAUUGAAGAAUUAGGGAAAGUUAUUGACUAUCUGAAAGAACGUAAGGAAAAAAUGAUGAUAAAUGAAGGAAUUCGGCCACAGGCAGAGAGUGUUCCCCAACAGCGCCCAGCUCCAACUGGGGUUCAAGCCCCAAGUGCCAGUGCUGGAGACAGCACCUCGGCAUUCCUACAACAGCAGCAGCAGGAACUUCAAAACAAAAUUCUCAACAUAUUGAAUGGUUCUGGAUCCUCGGUGGCAAGUUCAAACCCACCACAGGCUGUCCAGGCAGGGUCUGGGUAUGCAGGUGUAGGUGGAGCACCAAGCAGAGCACAGCAAAGUCAGUCUGGAUCUAAUCCAUUGAUUAACUUUGAUAAUCCAAAUGUUCAGAAGGCAUUAGAUAAUCUGAUACAGAGUGGUCCAAAUUUGCUGAAGAGCUUACCAUCCACUGUUACUCAGUCGUCUACUCCAAGACCAAGUCAGUAUCAACCAAACAGUCAACAAAGUGGCCGCCAGCAAUCUGGUUACCCUGGGCAACAAGGACAACAGGGAAGCCAAGGAGCUCAGGCAGGAUAUGGAGGGUCACAGUAUGGUCAGUUCCAGCAGCAGUCGCCGAUGCAGGGACUUGCUGCCCCAAGGGCACCUCAGCCUGCUGGGUACGGGGCACAGCAACAGAGGGGUCAGUUAGGUGCAAGGGCCCCACAGCCGGCUUCUAGGCCGAGAUACUAAAUACAUAAAGAGCAGUCAUUUCAAAAUAGUAAUAUGUUAAUAAAAAAUACAGUAUUUGUAAAAACAGUCUUGUGAAACAAUGUUGUUUUUGUUCAUACCAGUUGGGACUUUAGUGAAUAGGUAUGAUAUGCUAGUUAUGUAAUACAGGAUUACCUUUUAGAAUGAAUUUUUUAUUCAGUUGUUUCUCUGGUUUUAGUUAAGUUCAUUUUAGAUUUACGGAAAAUUGUUCUGGGUAUACAUGUACAAAAUAUUUCAACAAAAACAAUGGAUCAAACAGAAGUUUUACUAUUUUGGUAAAUUACUGCACUAGCAAGAAUUGGGUUUUUUUAAACGGCAAUACAGAAUUAUUGUUGUCAUCUAUUUCAUCCAUUAUCAGAUACAUUUGUACUAUAAGUUGAAAUGUAUUAAGCUUGUUAGUCUUUGUUAAAUGUUGUGCUUUUUUCCUUUGUGCUCAUUCAUUCAUUUUCAUUUCUGCUUUUCAUAGAUCAUGUGGCAAGAAGUGAAAUUGUCAGUACACAUUACCCUUGUAAAAUAAAUAAUGAAACGCUAUGUUUUUUUUUCUUUUAAUAUCUCUGCAGUUUGGAGCUUACUGUCUAAGCUGUUGUUAGCUUUUCAAUCAUAGGAGUUAUAUAUGAGUCGAAAUUGAUUAUUUCACAAGUCUUUGGCAUAAUUAAUGGUCAUUGGAAACGUUUUGUAACUCUCACAUGUAUACAUUAGUCAUAAAAUAGUCAUCCUUUUGAAAAUGUUAUCUUUGUUGUUUACACAUUCAGACUUUUGGUAGGUUCUUUUGAUUGAUAUCUUGCUGGCACAUUCUUUUUCUGCUAUAACAAAUAGUUGGAGUCUGUAUAAAUUGAUUUCCUGGCAAUAUUUGUAAGAACGUUUUGGUUAUUGUUUGAGUUGCUUUUCAAUGUGUUCAGAGAUCUGUCAGAUUUCCUCUUCUAACAGGCCAAUAAGUUACUAGGAUUAUGUAAGAGACCUCCUUGGCCAAUUGGUUAUGGCCUCUGAGCGAGUCGUUUGCCUCUGAAUGCUGUGGGUUCGAAACCACACAUGGGAUGUAGAAGUGUUUCAUGUGAUGAAGUCGUCCAGCAGGUAUGCUGAUUUUUGAUGGUUCUACACAGCUGCUUUGUCUGUCUUUAUGCUCAGAGGGGUACCUAGGGUCUUCUGUCUCCAUGAAAAGCUAGAAAGUCACCAUAAGACAUUUACUUGUGUGGAUGUGUCAGUACACACAACAAAAACAAAAAAGCCUGCCCCUGAAAGAAAUUUAAUAUCAAAUCUUUAAAAGAACAUUUAUUUCUUUUAUAACUGUACUCGAAACAGUAGACAUAAAACAUCAGCUCAUGAAUAUAUUAUAUAUACUUGAUUCAAUUUAAAUUUAUUUAGAGGUAAGAUCAUAAAACAUUAUAUAUAACUUAUACAGUAAAAAUACAUGUAUACAAUAAUCAAUAUAUUGAAAAUGCUUUGAUUAAAAUUUUAUAAAAAUCUAAGUAUAGAUAUGCUAAUUAAUACAUGAAAGAUUUAGUCAAGUAUAUUUUAUAGUUUUAUGACAUAGAAAAAUGAUAUGAUCUUAACGCCUGGGAUGACCCAUUAAAGUAACACUAAUCACUUAUUUCCAUUGGGGUCCCAUUGUAUGCAUGCAGUAUUUAUACCCCUAUGCAGAAAUGGAAUCAUUUUAUCCUGUCUGUUCAUACGUCUGAUACAUCAGGAAUAUGAAGGGAAUAAAAAAUAACUUGAUAAAAAGUAUAGAUGACAAAUGCACAGAAGCAGUAACUGAGUCUUGAAAAGUUAUAAAAUCAUUUCGCUUUGCACUCGAGACGAGGGAAUACGUCUAAAAAUGAAAAAAAAAAUAUAGAACCACAGCUUCGUAAAAAAUUGUAUCUCUUGUAUUUUUGAACGAUUUAUGACAAUGGAUUGAUUGGAACUUGUGGCAACAAGAGGGAAGUGAAGACAAUUUAACCUUUUCUUUGUGGCUAUGUUCCUCUUUAGUGAUAAUUCUACUUUUCGUUUGUGUACAUCAUAAUUUUGCUUCCUGAUGAUAUUUGUUUUCCUAACUGGUAGAUCUAGGUGAGAGAGAGUUGUCCUGUUAUGCCUUAACUUUUAUGUUUCCUUCAACAUACCAAAAAACCGUAAAACUCUGUCUCCUAUCAACGGAUUUUGAAAGAAUUUGAAAAGAACAAAACAAAAAACAAAAACAACAAAACCUUGCAUAAAUGUUUGCAAAUAGAUAGUCCCUAGUGGUGCACCGGACUCCAAUUUAAGUUUAAAUGAUAAACAGUUCCAUGUUUGGUCCAUAACCUGGUUAUCCAUUAAGGCAUUUUGAAAUAACAGUUUUCGCAAAUGUUUACCAGUCAUACGCAAGAGGAUAAACGAUACGACCCAUUUCGUGUUCGAUUCCUCAUUGUAUUUUGAAAUAAGCGCACACAUGUUCACCGUAAUAUUUCAUACUGUCACACGCAAGACCAGUGUACCUAGCUCGACAGUUUACUCAAAAUACUGUCCAUUUCGUGUCUCUUCCAUAUCAGUGCCAUCCUUCAAAUAAAUAGCGUACAAUAAUGACAUGACGAAAUGUCACGCACAAGACCGUCAGUCCAUGUCAAAGUCCUAUGCAGUUCAAAAUGUAAAACAUAGGACAUUUUGCAGACUGUUAUUGAUACUAUUUUCAGUUAUCUAGAGUGUUAUAAGUUAAAAGUGGAGCUUUUUUGAUGUUGUAUUUCAUUGCGUUUAUUUCUUGUUGAUGAACGACCUGUUUUGACACGAGGAUGACAAAAUCUAGGGGAAUGAAAAUGACGAAAAACAUGUUUUAUCUUGGUGUCAUAGUUUAUAUAAAAUCUAGAAACUUGGAGCAGUGAUGUGCUUAACAGCAUCUACGAAUCAGACGUUUCAUCAAACGAAAAGACAUAGACGUAUUUUGGAACUUGCGAAGAUGGAUCAUCCGAGGUCACAGAUGAUGAGAAUGAAGAAGCGAUUGAGAUCCCGAGUGAAGAAGACGGUACUCUUCUUCUUAGCACACUGGCAGGACAGUUUCCAAACGCUUGCGGUUUGAAAUACAGGAAUCCACAAACUGGAAAUUUCCGAGGGAUACGCCUGAGCGAUAACAAGCUCCAUCCACCAGAUAACAGCUGGAAAAAUAAUAUGUAUCUGGUAGUUUUUCCAAAAG